AUGUCGGGAACCAUCGCCGCUCUGGUUCACGCGGCGCUGUUAGCCCGGCGGGAGGACACUAACUCCUCUGACGCCGCUCCCGCGCUGCCUCCCGUGUCGAACGACUACCCUUACCCGUACUCGCCUCUACAACACAUCGGGUUCUUUAUACUGUUCUUCUUCCCCGUCGUCGCCGUCAUCGUGGUGGCUCUGCGGGUGUACAGCAGGAUCAGCUCGAAGCAGUUUGGCUGGGAUGAUGGAUUGAUAUGUCUUGCUACGGCCGAUUCCGUCGCCGAGACGAUAGCGUCCUACUUCGGCAUGCGAUAUGCCUUCCUCGGCGUUCAUGUAUACGACAUUCCUUUGCAGGCCGACCCCCGGCUGGGCUUCCAGUGGAACUACAUCAUCCAGAUUCUGUACAAUCCGAUCCUGGCGCUCGUCAAGACAUCGAUGCUGAUGUUCCUGUUGCGGUUGAGCGGCCAGAAGCGUCCGGUCCGACUCACCAUCAUCGGGCUCAACGUCUUCAACAUUGCGUUGAUGAUCGCAAUCUUCUUCACCGUCGUGUUCCAGUGCCAGCCCAUUAGUUACUUCUGGGAGAGGAUGGGCCGCGACCCCCCAAAGGAUGGCAAGUGCAUCGACACGUCCGCCUUCUAUGUCAGCACCGCCGCCUUGACCAUCUUCACCGAUGUUGUAUUCCUGGCCCUGCCUUUCUGGAUCUUCCUCGGGUUGCAGAUGCCCAUCCGGGUGAAGAUCGCGCUGCUGGCCGUCUUCGCCCUGGGAGCCGUUGUCACCCUCUUCAGCAUCCUCCGCCUCUUGGUGCUCAUCGAGAUCUCGUACCACCUCAACACGCAAGACCCCACCUACGACAUCCGCUUCACCUUGUCGGCCGUCGAGACGAACCUCGCCAUCAUCGCAGCCUCGGCGCCGGCGCUGCGCGGCCUCUUCCUCCGCUGGUUCCCCAAGUUCUUCGCCUCGAUCAAGGCCUCUCGCGCCCGCUACGGGCAAAGCACGGACUCGGCCAAGAAGUCCCGCGUGACGACGACGACGGUGUCGAACCACGUCGACACGUUCAAGCUCAAGAGCAUGAAGGGCCGCGAGAUCCGGUCGCACUCGCCGACCAUGAGCGAGGAGGAGAUCAUGACCUACGACGGCAUCAUGCGCACGACCGAGGUCGACGUCGUCUACGACGACCACCGCGACUCGGUGCUCCGCGGGACACGGGAGCCCGUGAACAGGAACGAGGCCGCGCCGGGCCGCACCAAUUAUGACGCGAAGCCGUACCCAACCAACAACUCAGGUAUGUUUUAG